CCCGCAAACUAAAACCCUACCCCUGCUAUUAUAUAUACCCUCCCCACCAAUUCGCUCUUCCACUCUUGUCAUCCCGGCGGCGGCGGAAGGAGCAGCAGGCGGCGGCGAGGAGCGGCGACCCACCCCGAGCUCGCAAUCAUGGCUAGGGGUUUGAAGAAGCAUCUGAAGAGGCUCAAUGCCCCGAAGCAUUGGAUGUUGGACAAGCUUGGCGGAGCUUUUGCUCCCAAGCCAUCUUCUGGUCCUCACAAGUCUAGGGAGUGCCUUCCUCUGAUCCUCAUCAUCAGGAACAGGCUCAAGUAUGCUCUGACAUACCGUGAGGUUAUUUCUAUACUGAUGCAACGCCAUGUUUUGGUUGAUGGCAAGGUCAGGACUGAUAAGACGUACCCAGCUGGGUUCAUGGAUGUCAUUUCCAUUCCCAAGACAAAUGAGAACUACAGGCUUUUGUAUGACACCAAGGGCCGUUUCCGCCUUCACCCUAUCAGGGAUGAGGAUGCUAAGUUCAAGCUAUGCAAGGUUCGGUCAGUCCAGUUUGGCCAGAAGGGCAUCCCCUACCUGAACACUUACGAUGGCCGUACCAUCCGCUACCCUGACCCUCUCAUCAAGGCAAACGACACCAUUAAGAUUGAUCUGGAGACCAACAAGAUUGUUGACUUCAUCAAGUUUGACGUUGGCAACGUUGUCAUGGUGACUGGUGGUAGGAACACUGGGCGUGUUGGUGUGAUCAAGAACAGGGAGAAGCACAAGGGCAGCUUUGAGACCAUCCACGUUGAGGAUGCCCAGGGCCACCAGUUUGCCACCCGUCUUGGCAAUGUGUUCACCAUUGGCAAGGGUAGCAAGCCGUGGGUAAGCCUGCCCAAGGGCAAAGGUAUCAAGCUCAGCAUCAUUGAGGAACAGAGGAAGCGGGAUGCUGCUGCCCAGGCUGCCGCCGCUUAAAUCAUAAUGCGCGUUGAGUUUUGCUAUAGUGAGUUAUCAGCAAGGAUAUAGAACUAUCAUCCCAGACUAUCCAUUUUAAGUUUUGGCAGAUGCUUUGAUUCGCGAACUGAUAUUUGCAGUUAGCUGUAAUGCGACUAUGUGCGUUUUCAAGAACAUCUCUACCUGUUUUGUUACCCCGUCUCUGUGGUCAAUUGAGACUGCAAUUUUUUUUGUAACUGUGCUAAAAAUUUGUCUUUGCUGAUUGGUA